CAAUUAUCCAGCUUCAUUCGGAAAUCCACCAAAUAGGUGAAAAUGCUAGGCAUCGGCUUCAAGCUGAGUGACACGUCCGCGGCCUCGCUACGCAGCUCGCUGGGCGACUUCCUCCGCCGCGAGUAUGCGUCCGAUGGAGAUACACAGCAGACAGAAUCGCACCAGGCGGCACUUGAUCAAUUUGGACAGCUCAAGAAGGAUGUGGAUCUAGUGCGCACGCCCUCAGCCAUCUCCCGUCACGUUCUGCUGCGCUAUUACGCGCAACUGGACAAAAUGGCGCAGCGUUUCCCAUGCGACGGUGACGCUGCUGGACGAGCGUCACUGCAGCUCCAGUUCACGUGGAACGACUCGUUCUGUCCGCGCAAGAAGAGCACGCAAACAGGUGUGUCUUUCGAGAAGGCAGCCGUCAUGUUCAAUGUGGGCGCGCUGGAGAGCCAACUGGGCGUCCAGACGGACCGUAGUACGGCUGAGGGGCUUAAAACCGCCUGCCAUCACUUCAUGAGGGCCGCUGGGGCCUUCCAAGAGGUUAAAGACAAGCUUGUGGAGCGAACAUUAGGUGCUAGGACGCCUGAUAUGAGCGCCGAAGGACUGGGACUGCUGACCUACUUGAUGCUGGCUCAAGCUCAAGCCUGUUUCUACGAGAAAGCUAUUAAAGACCAGAUGAAGGACGCAAUUAAGGCCAAACUGGUGCAUCAGGCGCUGGACUAUUACGUCUCAGCGCUGGAAUUCUGUCGCUCGUCAGCACUAGCGGGGGCCAUUGACAGGUCAUGGAGUGUGCAUCUGCAGUUCCAAGUGCACUGCAUGCGUGCGGCCACACAGUAUUGGCAAGGAACAGCGUCCAAGGCUGCUGCACUGGACCGAGGAGCAGGAUAUGGAGAAGAGAUCACGCGGCUGGUUGCAGCAGAUGCAGAGUGCACAGAAGCAUGCAAGGUAGCAACGCAGAAUAAACUACCGACGUCGCUACUGCAGUCUGCACAAGCGUUGCAACGCGUAGUGCGUGAGCAUCUCGACGCUGCGAGGAAAGAUAAUGCUAGUGUGUAUCUGGAGAAAGUACCGAAGUUUUCAGAGCUGCCAGCCGUGGGGAAGGCUGCGAUGGUCAAGCCGUUGGGGUUUACCAAUGAGGAGUUGCAGCAAGAGCUUGGAGGAGGGGAUUUGUUCGAGCAGUUUGUGCCUAAGGACCUGUUACUGCGUGCUGACGGGGUUAAACAGGAGAUCAAGACCGUUCUGGAACAAACAGAGGAGAAAGUGUCCAAGACAAACGAAGCUGCUAAGGGAAAGCUUCACAGUUUGGGUCUUCCUGCCUCUAUUGAAGCGUUUGAGAAGACCAGCGAUAACGGAAUCCCACGUACGAUCUGGCAGCGUAUUCAGUAUGUUAAAGUGACGACUGCUUCGGCUGCUAUGGGACCUGGAGGUUCGAAAGAAAACCCUGUGGCAGCGUUUAUCCAGCAGCAAUUACAAGAGAACCAGAGGAUGUCGGAUGAUGCUGAGAAGAACCUUCACGCGAUUGAGUCGCGCUUAAGUCAAGAGGAAGUCGAGGACAACGUGUGCAGACAGAAUUACGGUGAAAAGCGGUGGGCUCGGCCAGUGUCGUCUUCACUUAAUCAGAACUUCCGAGCAGAUAUCGACCGCUAUUACCGUCUAGUGAAGGAGGCUAAGACGUCUGACGGGAUUGUUCGGGAGAAGAUGACUGCUAACCAGGAGAGCUUGGAGGCUCUAUCACGGUCCAAGUCGAGUCUGGACCAAGAGCUGCCAGCACUGCUGCAGGACAACUCCAGCUGCAAGGAAGAGAUUGCCCAAGUGUCUUCUCUAUUGCUACGACUCGGACAGCUUGUGGAGGAAAAGGACCAGGUGCUGCGUGACUUUAGGGGGUCGUACGACAAGUUCAACGCGCUCCCUGUACUGCUGAGUGGGAAUAAGGCGAAUGGAGUGUCCACCGACGCUGCACUUGAGACUGAAAAGCAGUUUUUCCGUGAUCAUUUUGAAGGGAAGAUCGCCGCAAUCUGCGAAGAAGAACAGACUCUGCUGGAUGAUCUGGUGCAGGCGAACUCUCGCUUUGAGGCGAAGAAGGAGACGGACCAUGUGCUACGCGAGCGUCAAGCGUUCCUCCAGCAUCUCAGCGAUGCCGUUGACGUCUUCGAGCAACUGGAAUCGCACGUAAAAGAAGGAGCGAAGUUCUACGGUGAGCUCAGUGUUCGGAUCGCACAGCUUCACCAAACUGUAGCAGACCACUGCUCUGCACGCGAGCUCGAAAAGCGAGAGUUGGAGAUGAACUUGACCGCUGACGACGAAAUGAGGCAACGCGAGGUGGAGGACGCUGCUCUGGCACAGAAGAUGAUGAACGACAUGCAACUCCGGGAUGCUGCAGCUGGCCCAAAUGCUAGCGAUGAAGCUUUGGCUCGCCGGCUAGCUGGCAGCACCCCACAGUACUAUCACUCGUCUAGUUCACAGCAGUCCGCGCCGCCUUCAUACGACUAUGCGCGGUUGCAGACUCAACAGCAACAGCAACAGCAUCCGUACGCACAAUACCAGCAAACACAAGGACCUCCGCCCCCUUCGUACGGGAACGUCUCGACGUCUGCUCCACCCCCUCCUUAUGGCAGUAACCCCAGUCAACCACAACAACAAGCGUACAACUACUACCAAUAUCCUGGUCAGCAGUAUAACCCGCUUUUCCCCUCAGGAGACUCGGUGUAGUAAGGAGAAUGAAGUGAAGGGAUGUUCAAUAUCGUUUGAUAUUGUGUGAGAAAUUUAUGAAGCUAGAGGGUGUUCACGCGAACUUUUGACCGCCUACGACGCUGGAAUAUCCUCAUACAAUCUCAUCUUCGUUUACCCAGACGACAACGACGUCGAUAGCGUCAGGGAACGUGAACUGCAGGUCUUGGAAAUACCACGAGACUAGCGCCCAGGGUACGAGCUGCUGUGCACUCUGCAGUACUGCACCGCUACAUGCAUCAGCUCCACAUAUCUUGCCACCAUCGAGGAAUAAUACUUCGAGCUUGGUCAUUGGAUCUUGACGGUACGUGAGACGCUGAUGUUGCACACAGUAGAGUUUCAUGACAGAACCUGGCUUCGCUUGGAACUCUAUCGCAUUUAACUCCUCUUCAAGUCGAGCUUGCAGCUCAUCAAGACGUUCGUCCGAUGAUACCUCGAUAGACACAACACGAACGUCUUCUUCCAAGCUCACCAAACACUGCAGACGCAGCAUUUUCGAUUAUAUGGAGACGCCAUCACUUUUGAGAAUGAUUGAAAGGGACUGACGUUGUUUAAUGACAACGAAAUCAAAUGAAAACACGCAACUAAAGGCAAGUUCCUAACCUGCACACAUUAGUCGUCCCGAUACCUCAUGAACUACGAGGCCAUGCAUGUGGCGUCAACCCAAGUGAUGGCUUCCUUCAAGUGAUCCGCUGAAUCGUCCGCUUUGCCGUCCUUGUUGUAUCCGUAGCGCUCAGCAGCCUCUUCGAUGCAGUCCACCAGCUUCUUCUCCAAAGUCUCCGUCUCCUCUGCUCUCAGAUUCGCCACUGCUGCUUGACCCAUAAUAUCGGCGUUCUUCUGAGCGUAGUGGUUCUUGAUCUCAUAGUAAAAGUCCAGCUUCGUCAUGAAUUGACGCUUCACGUCCGUGUCAUCGACCAGAGGAGCCACAUCCUCCGAUUUGAGGACGUCGUCGGUGAGUGGAGGCGACGGGUUUGCAUUAGGGAUCACGUCGGUCGCUCCAGCCGCGCAGUGGUCGUACAUCCACUGCACCAAUACAUGGUACUCGUCUUCCGUCACUGCGUCCUUCGCCAACGUCUGCAGACCUGCACUCGCACACUGGUACGUGCGUUUGUAGCGAUACAUCAUGACUUGGUGCUGCAUGUCGGCGCGAUCUUUGAGCGUCUGCAAGUAAUUGAAGAUUUCAGCCGCGGAGAUGGCAGACGAGUUGUCAGAGUUGACGAGAUCGAUCGUGUUGUUGGACGGCGCCAACAGGUUCCAGUCUCCGU